UCAUGUCAGCUGUUUUUCAAUGUUUAUAAUUGGAAAAAAGUUGGAUGAAAUAUGAAAUUCUACAACAUCCACAACAACGUAUUAAAAUAUACAGUGUUAAGUGCUGUCUUGACUUAAUCUGCUAAAAAGAUCAAGGUGAAGAAAUCUAAAAUUUCAAAUGGUUUAAAAAAAAAACUCGUCAACGUAACGCUCGCAAUAAUUCUUGCCGUCAUUUAGGAAACAGAUUCCGAGUAAUCCAUUGUGCGGAAAAAUACACCAAUUGCCUGCCACUCAACCGGACUUUCUUACAGCAUCAUACUAUUCUAUUCAUUAUGUUCAUCUUGAGAAGACGUGUAACGUGUCUGCGCUUCAACGGCUAUUCUGCUAUUGCUUUAAGCAGUUAUGUGCCGAAUACUUUGGUUAGAAAUCCUUCCUACAAUUUAAGACAGAGUAAUUGCAAAAAUAUUCACAGAUCAGCUGCAUUAAGCAUCCAACCAUCUGGGAAUGAGAAAAAUAAUUUGAAGACUACAUCAAUCAAAAGUGAAGUUAUUAGAAAUAUAUUACCGUACAUACGUUUAAUGCGUGUAGAUCGUCCGAUUGGCAGUUUUUUAUUGUUUUGGCCUUGCGGAUGGAGUAUCGCGUUAAGUGCAAAUGCGGGAUGUUGGCCAGAUUGGUAUAUGUUAAGUCUCUUUGCUACCGGGGCUUUUGUAAUGCGUGGGGCAGGUUGCACCAUUAACGACUUAUGGGACAGAAAUAUAGAUAAAAAGGUAGAAAGAACAAGAAACCGGCCUUUGGCUUGUGGAGAUAUUUCCCAACUUGACGCUGUUAUAUUUCUGUCUGCUCAAUUAAGUUUUGGCCUUUUAAUAUUGAUACAACUCAACUGGGAAUCUAUACUUCUAGGAGCUAGUUCAUUAGGCCUUGUAGUGACUUAUCCACUUAUGAAACGCAUAACAUAUUGGCCCCAAUUAGUUUUGGGAAUGGCGUUCAAUUGGGGUGCUCUUUUAGGCUGGUGUGCAACAAAAGGAUUGGUCGAUUGGUCUGCUUGUUUACCGUUAUAUUUAUCUGGUAUUUGUUGGACCAUAAUCUACGAUACCAUUUAUGCCCAUCAAGAUAAAAAAGAUGAUUUACAAAUCGGCGUUAAAUCAACGGCCCUACGCUUUGGCGAUGAUACUAAAGUGUGGUUAUCGGCCUUCACUGUUGCAAUGUUGUCUGGCUUAACAUUAGUUGGUUUAGUCUGCGAUCAAACGUUACCUUAUUAUGCAUCCGUUAGCUUAGUAGGAGCCCACAUAGUCCAUCAGAUUUCUUCGUUAAAUAUAGAUAAUCCAACCGAUUGUGCGAAAAAAUUCAUCUCUAAUCAUCAAGUUGGUUUGAUUUUAUUUAUUGGCAUUGUGCUGGGUACUCUAAUGAAAACAAACGACAGUUCGGAUAUUACUCUAACGCAAAAAAGCGAUACCCCUAACAACUUUGAUAAUAGUACUGUUAAAAAUUUCGUGCCAUUACCCACCACCAAUCUAUAGUUUGUAUUAAACUAA